AUGGGACAGACAUUCUCGCUGGCAACCCUUUCAGCGGGCUCCGCGGGGAUCGAUGUGCCAGAGUUGUCGGAUCUUUCGUAUGAAAAGUCGCUGGGAACGGCGCGAUUCAUGAAGAGUAUCCGAGCCAGGCAUCAACAUGGUUUGGUGGUUGUCAAGCUGGUCAUGAAACCGUUUCCCCAGCUCGAUCUCGGCCAGUACGUGAGAGCUAUUCGGUCAGAACGUGAAGCCCUCAACGAUGUCCCAAAUGCGCUCGGCUACCAGCGUAUCUUCGAGACCAGUACGAAUGGGUAUUUGGUUCGACAGUACUUCUACAGCUCCUUGUACGACCGAAUGAGUACACGUCCAUUCCUGGAGGACAUCGAGAAGAAAUGGCUUGCAUACCAGCUUCUUUGCGCCUUAAGAGAUUGCCAUGCUCGUAACAUCUACCAUGGGGAUAUCAAGACAGAGAACGUUCUGGUCACCUCGUGGAAUUGGCUAUAUCUGACGGACUUCUCUUCCUCGUUCAAGAAGACAUAUCUCCCAGAGGACAACCCUGCGGAUUUCUCCUAUUACUUCGACACUUCAGGAAGGAGGACAUGCUACCUUGCUCCAGAACGCUUUCUUGGGGCCGAUGAAAAAGACGAUGGGAGGGGGGUCACAUGGGCCAUGGAUGUCUUCAGUGUCGGAUGUGUUAUUGCGGAGCUCUUCCUUGAAGCUCCCAUAUUCUCUUUAAGCCAACUCUACAAAUACAGAAAAGGAGAGUACGAUCCGAAAUUCGGUUAUCUGGGCAAAAUCCAGGACCAAGAAGUGCGCGAGCUGGUCGGCCACAUGAUACAACUAGAGCCUGAGUCAAGGUUUUCCGCCGAGGAGUACCUUAAAUUCUGGCGGCGCAAAGCCUUUCCUGAGUAUUUUUAUAGCUUUCUUCAUCAAUAUAUGGGAUUGAUCACGGACCCUUCAUCAGGUCGUGCACCAGUUCUACCAAAGACCGCAAACUUUGGUGAAGCCGAUGAUAGAAUCGACAGAGUAUACUACGACUUUGACAAGAUCUCUUACUUUCUCGGUUACGAAAAUGAAAAGGCUCAAACAAAUGCGAAAUCUGAUUCGGAAGCCUCUUCGGAAGGCCUCAUUCCAGUACAGAUUGACAUACCGAACAACAGACACGAAGCUACUACAGUGGGAAGGCGCCCCGUCGAUGAUGGAUCUCUUAUUUUUCUUACGCUUGUAGUUUCCUCAUUAAGAAACACUGCCCGAUCCACUGCUAGGGUUCGCGCUUGUGAUCUCAUACUGGCCUUCGCCGAGAGGAUCACGGAUGAGGCGAAACUUGAUCGGGUACUCCCCUAUCUAGUAGCAAUGCUGAACGAUCGUGCCGACAUUGUCAAGGUCGCUGCCAUCCGGACCAUGGCUCAACUGCUAUCUAUGAUCACAGUCGUGUCACCCGUCAAUGCAUAUGUGUUUACCGAGUAUAUCCGUCCUCGGUUACAGCAAUUCAUUGUAGGCGGCAGCAAUAAGGCAAGCCCAAUAGUUCGCGCGACUUACGCUUCUUGCCUUGCCUCCUUAGCACACACCUCCUCCAGCAUUCUGGACAUGUUACAGGCUCUUCGCGCAGAUGGGUCAGUCCCUACCGUCGAUCCAGAGGCCGAAGAUGGCGUAGACACAAAUUUGACUUAUCAAAACUCAUUCGAUGUGGCGAGGCUGGAUUUAUUAGAACAUUUUGAGGCACACACGAAGGCUCUAUUGACUGACAGUGACACAUCAGUCAGACGAGCCUUUCUAGGUUCCGUAUCAAGUCUCUGCGUCUUCUUUGGUAGCUCAAAAACGAACGAUGUCAUCCUCAGCCAUCUCAACACAUAUUUGAAUGACAAGGACUGGAUCCUGAAAUGUGCCUUUUUCCAAACGAUCGUUGGAGUUGCCACCUUUGUUGGUGGCACAAGUCUUGAGGAAUUCAUCUUGCCUCUCAUGAUACAAGCUUUGACUGAUCCAGAGGAAUUCGUGGUCGAGAAAGUGCUCUCCUCUUUUGCGAGUAUGGCGGAAUUAGGUUUGUUCCAACGAUCCAGGACCUGGGAGAUGGUAGACAUAGUUGCACGGUUCAUGGUGCAUCCCAACAUUUGGAUCCGAGAAGCGGCUGCACAUUUCGUCUCGUCCUCAACGCGAUAUUUGUCCAUAGCAGAUCUCCACUGCAUUGUUUCCCCACUCGUACAGCCAUAUCUCAAAUCAUCCAUUACCGACUUCUCGGAAACCAGUAUACUCGAUAAUCUCAGAAGACCCUUGCCUCGACCUAUCCUCGAGAUGGCCGUGAGCUGGGCUUUAAAGGUCGAGGGAGGACUCUUUUGGAAGCCUGUCCAGCAGCAAAGGACCUUCUCUUUCGGAUCCCCCGAACAGGCUCUUCCCACGAUUUCUUCGAAAGACCUAAGACCAAAUGUUCUAAGUAAGAUUGCAAAGAAUAACGAAGAUGAGCAGUGGAUCACGAGACUACGGAACAUAGGCAUGAGUACGGAUGAUGAUUUCAAGCUCUUGGCAUUGAGGGAAUACAUCUGGCGUAUUGCUCAUAAGCAAUUAAAGGCAGGCCCUGAUGGCACUCCAUCACAUUUGAACAGCAUUCUACUGCUCAAAGAAAUGAACGUUACACCACAGACAAUCUUUUUUGAAAACCAAAAACGAAAAGACAAAUCUCGGCGUCGAGCUUCAAAUGGCGAGCACCAAGCCAGCGGAUCCAAGAACAACCCAGAAAUCGCACCUCAUACCAUCGCAGACGCGUUGCUCGAUGCGUCUGCUACCAUCGAUGAUCCUCUCUCUCAGCGUAAGAAAUCGUAUGCAAAUGCCAGGAGGGAAAGGCUUAACGGCACACUCCAAGUCCAAAGCAUACCCAUCGAAUCACGGCGAAGUUCUUCUAACGUUAGUUCGCCUUUAUCCACUUCGCCACGCGGACGGCGUCAAUCCCAUCCGACGAACUCGACGGAUAACAAUGACAAUCCCCCAAGCGCCGGCACGCUUACCCCAACAGAUUCCCUCCGGACAGGUGGCGGACAUGGUAGAAGUGGAGGCAUAAAACACAAGUCCAGUGCUAUCAAUUUACUGAAUCGAAGAGAUACCUCCAAGACCGUAGCCGAGACAGGCACGACUUCUGCAAACGCCUUUGGUAAAGUUGACGGCCCAUUCACCCGAGAGCCUUCUGAGGCCUCGUCUCAUCGUAAGGCAAGCCACAGCGACGCGAAAACAGAUCCAAAGAAUGCAACCCAUGCUGGCCACACAUACGACGGCAAUGAUCCCAGUGUUUUGAGAUUCCUUGAUUCGUUAGCAUCGGAGAAUUAUCCACAUGACAUUCACGAUUUCGGGCCUUUGAUUAUGCCAAUUAGUAGCAAGCGACAUUUGAUGAAGAAGGCAGAUAGUCCGGGAUCUGACAAGCCCUGGCGACCGGAGGGAACGCUGAUUGCAACCUUUGCAGAGCACACGGGCCCAAUCAAUCGAGUCGUGCCUUCGCCAGAUCAUGCUUUCUUCAUCACGGGGUCCGAUGAUGGCACUGUCAAGGUUUGGGAUACAAUGAGGCUUGAACGAAAUCUUACCCAUCGAUCCAGGCAAACACACAGCCAUGCCGAGGGAGCAAAAGUAAAGUGCCUAUGUUUUGUCGAAAACACUCAUUCAUUCGUCAGUGGUGCGACUGAUGGUAGCAUCAAUGUCGUCAAAGUGGAUCACACGCUUGUAGGUGAUACUUCCAAGUACGGCAGACUUCGCAGUGUGCGGGAUUAUCAGCUACCUGAGGGCGAGCAUGCGGUGUGGCUGGACCAUUCGAAAUUGGAUACACAAUCCGUCCUGCUGUUAGCUACCAACACCUCACGAGUCGUCGCUCUGGAUUUGCGGAAUAUGACCGUAAUUUACUCUUUCAAAAACCCCGUGCACCAUGGUACGCCGACUUGCUUUUGUGUUGAUCACAAACACGGCUGGAUGCUGAUUGGAACCUCACAUGGCGUGCUCGACUUAUGGGACCUUCGCUUUCGACUGCGAUUGAAAGGCUGGGGUCUCGCCGGAGGCACACCAAUACACCGUCUGAUCAUUCACCCGUUCAAGACGUAUGGCAGAUGUGUCUGCGUGACUGGUGGCACAGGGCAAACAGACAUCACAAUUUGGGACGUUGAAAAAACAGAAUGCCGAGAAGUCUUCCGCGUCGGAGUCCCCAAGAAUGGCGGCAAGGAAAAUCUAAAAGCAUACGAACCCUGGAAAGUCGACGAGGAAAAACCUGAAGGCAUGCUCGGCCGCUUUGCCACAGCUAUCGACCCUUCUGGGGGCGGCAAUAGCAAUCCGGACAGGGGUUUUCGGGCUCUAGCCGUGGGUAUCGAUUCACCUGAGCCUACUUGGGAAGGCAAAUACGGCUUCUUUCUCACUGGUGGCGCUGAUAAAAAACUCCGCUUUUGGGAUGUCACACGCGCGGAUGCUUCAACGGUGAUUAGUGGUCUUGCCGCCGACGAAGACCAGCCUAGAUUUACGACCUCGCAUCCUACCGCGACCCUCACCAUCAAUAGUGAGCGGAUACCACAGGUGGCUCCCUCGGCGCCCAACGCUGCCGCAGGAAAUAAACCCGGCUCGAGUUCUGCAGGUGCUAAGAAGCCGUCGUCACUGGAUGUAAAGCCGCCAAGGUCUACCAUUAUCAGCAAGCACCAGCAGCAACUGCUCAGGAGUCAUUUGGACACGAUAUUGGAUGUUUGCUUGCUGGAGAGUCCGGUGGGUAUGACGGUUAGUGUGGAUCGGAUGGGGUGCAUUUAUGUGUUUCAAUGA